CUGUCAAAGUACCUUUUUACUUGUCAUUUUACAAUUUUAUAUUUUAUUUGAACAUGAAUUGUUACAACGAAGAAGUAAUACUUGAUAACUUCAAGGAUAAAACUACAUACGCUAAUGAUUAUAAAAAGUAUUGUGUGUUCGAUAAAUUUGAUUCUAAAUUAGAUCGAUCUGCAAAACCUUUAUCAGAAAAAUUUCAAAUAAAGAAAAGAAUAUACGAAGACCACGAAACCUAUGCCAAAUUGAAAGAUGAUUUUUAUAUUCGGUUUGACUUAUUACACAGACCUAAACCAAUAAUUCAAACUGAUCCUAGGCAUCCAUUACCGGGACUGAUUGCUGUACCUAAAGAGGACAAAUUAGAAGCUAUUAAAAAGAGACCUAGAAUAUAUAUGACGCCGGCAUGUAGUAUAGAUGAUGUUCCAGAUCCGAAAAUGAGAGAAAUGUUAUGUCAGUAUAUGUAUACUACAGAAUGGCGAAAAGCUGAAAUUGAAGGUGCCUCGGGUUUUAAGAGAAGAGUACCACAUAUUACCGAUAUCAAAUCAUCAGACAAGAUAACACUUCAAACUGAUCUUUAUAAGCCAUUACAAGAAAGAUUUGUUAAAAUCGGCAAGGAGUGGGAUGACGAGCAACCAAGAGGAUCAUCCGACCCAACUCGUGAAUUUUGGAUACAUAAAGAUCCACAAGUUUUAUUUUACCACAGAAGAACUGAAAUUGCUACCAUUGGAGUAUUUAAUAAAGAAUGCAAAUCCUAUUGAACUUCUAAAUAUAUGGGGGAAAUUACCAAUGGAUUAUAAAGAUCACUUUUAUCUGCAGAUUAAAUUACCAUGUUUCGUACAUUACAAUCGUCCGGAAUGGAGAACCCAUUUUGAUGGACCAACCAGUGCACAAGAGAAAUGCUAUUU